AUGAGCUGGAAGGAAAGAGUAUUAAAAAGAAGUGAUGAAGAAAAGAGAAAGGAAAGAAUUGAUGACCUUCAUAAAUGGGCGCGAUGGCUUCCUGACAGUGCAUAUCAAUCCUACUUUGGGCGACCAGCUUUUCAUUGUUAUGGAAGAGACAAUACAGUCCCAUCUUAUGGAGGACAUGUUUAUGGAGAUUACAUGCUUACUCAUAAUGUCAACCCCGAGCAUGGAGAGAAUAUGCCCAAGUAUCAACAAGUUUACAGAGCUGCCAUGAGUAAAGGAUUUGCACAUGGAGAUAGAGUCCCAGUUCUCUCAAGGCAAAGGAGAGAAAAUUUAGAAAUCCCAGAUAGUGUUCUCAAAGAAAUGAUGAAGAGAAACCCUAUCAUGCCAAAAACAUAUGUAGAACCUCCAAAUACGGAUGAGUACACAGACGGGUCUGAUAAUGAAUGGGACUUCUCUCAAUUAGAGAAAAAGAACAAAAAUAGAAACAAAAUUGACUUCCACCAUAAGAAAAAGCAAUCAAAAGAAGAAAUAAAAGACGGAGAGCAGGAUGUAAAGAGCGAUCAAGAAGACGAUGGGAAAGAAAAUAAAGAAAAUGAAAUAGACGAGUUUGAUCAAAAUGACAUCGAUCAAGAGGGUAACCAGUCUGGAUAUACCUAUGAGAGAGCACCUCGAGGUUCAAUUCCUCAACCAGGAACUCUUGAAUACAAAAGAAUGCUUGAACAAUUCCUCAGAAAUCCUGAAAAAUGAAAAACUAUUCUUAGAGAUGGAGAGGAUCUUCAGAAUUUGUUCCCAUUUUGCUCAGCACACAAUAGUUAUGGACAACAAUUACCAAAUCAUGAACUAAAUCCUAAAAACUAUAAAUUUCUUCCUUCAGAGUACACAAGGAGGAUAGCUCCUGCUGGGAAGAAUACUCUAAAAGGAGAUCAACUAUAUAAUGUGAUUCUUCCAGAGGAAUAA